GUUGGUGCUGGCCCUGGUGAGGGAUUUAAUGUCAACGUAGCCUGGACUGGAGGGCUCGACCCCCCCAUGGGUGACCCUGAGUAUCUGGCUGCUUUCAGGACCGUGGUGAUGCCAAUUGCACAUGAAUUCUCCCCUGAUGUGGUGCUGGUGUCAGCCGGCUUCGAUGCAGCUGAUGGCCACCCACCACCCCUGGGUGGCUACAAAGUCUCUGCUAAAUGCUUUGGCUACAUGACGAAGCAGCUGAUGAGCCUGGCUGGUGGAGCCAUCGUCCUGGCACUGGAAGGUGGCCAUGACCUUACAGCCAUCUGUGAUGCAUCCGAGGCCUGUGUCUCAGCCCUGCUGGGCAACGAGCUGGACCCUCUCCCAGAAGAAAGCAUGAGGCAGAAGCCAAACCCCAACGCUGUGCGCUCCUUGGAAACGGUGAUCCGGGUCCAGAGUAAAUACUGGGUGGCCGUGCAACGCUUUGCCUCCAAGCUGGGCUGCUCCUUCCUGGAGGCGCAGCACCACGAGGCAGAAGAGGUGGAGACAGUCACAGCCUUGGCCUCCCUCUCGGUGGCUGUGAUGGUGGAGAAGAGGCCACAAGACGAGCCGAUGGAGGAAGAGGAGCCCAUGAACCAGUGAAGAGCGAUGAUGUUCUCUGCUCCCCUGCUUCCAGGACGUGGCUGGGCUCUCCUGAGCCUAGCACUUGCUCUUCACUCCUGGCUUCCCGUUUGCCACAUCAUCCUCACUCCCUGAGUCAUGGUCCUGAAAUGGCCUGGACCUUUGGCUGCCACCUCUGCAGAAGGUCUCCCAGAAAGGAUGUUUCUGCAGCCAACCUGGAAGGCUCGGGACCGAUGGAAAACCACAAACUCCCUCUGCACGGCGUGGCUCUGCAAACCCAGAC